AUGAGGCGCUUAUAUGCUUCAUUGUUUGAUAAAAUAUUCUCUAAAAGGAGGAUUCAAGGAAAUCUUUUCCAUCAAUACAUACUUGAAACCCUUUCAGGGAGGGAGCUUUCAUCAGUAGUAGCAGUUCAUAGUUGUAGCGGAUCAAACCUUGUUGAUCCCCUUACGAAGAUGAUUGGAACCUCAUCGCAGCCUGGCUUUUAUACACUUCCUGAUAGACUCAGUAAAAGUAAAGAUUUGAUGAUUCCCCAUGAUGAGCAGAACGACAACAGAUAUAUCACCACUGUACAAGAAGCUAUGGCUGCCGGUUAUCCUGUAUUUACAAAUGUGGCUAAACCUGGGCACUUGUACAUUGAAAUGGAAGAUCUUUUGCGCUUUAUGACCAAAGAGGAGUUGGAUCUCGUGCUUCCAUUGAUAGGAGGGAUAGACGAAAGUGGAAGGAUUGAGGAGAAGUCCUUUCUUAAUUGGGUGGUGAGCAUGUAUAUGAAGAGUAAAUUUCUGGGGCAUUCUCUAAAUGACAUAGAGGAAGCGAUAAUGACAUUACGCAAGUAUGUUAAUGUGCAGUUGGCAAUAGUACUCUUUAACCUUUGGUUAUUACUCAUGCGUAUUGCUACAAUAAAAGUGUUGAUGGUAGCUCAAUUGUUAGUUGCUGUUUUCAUGAGAUUUGGGUGCUCUUUUAAGUCACCAUUAGAUGGCAUGAUAUUCGUGUUUCUGAAACACCCUUUUGACGUUGGUGAUCGUUGUCUCAUUGAUGGUGUCCAGGUUAUCGUAGAAAAAGUGAGCAUUUUCACUACCGUCUUCCUGAGAUAUGACAAUGAGAAGAUUUCUUAUCGGAAUUCAAUAUUAGCUACAAAAUCCAUCACCAAUUUUAACCAAAGUCCAGAAAUGACGGAUACUGUGAAGGUUGAUUUGGAGGCUUCAGUUGAGAACAUUUCAGCUCUAGAAGCUAAGAUUAAAAUGAAUGCCAACUUAUUCUAUUUCUCUAUCUGUCAUUAG